GCCGUGCUGACACACUGGCCACGCUGCGGGGCAGCCGCCGAUCACGCGCGGGCGCCCGGCUCCCAUUGGCCGGCGCCUCACACACCUUUGCAGGUGAUUGGCGGAGGGUGGCCGAGAGCCCCGCCCCCCUCCCCCCUCCCCACCCCGCGCGCGGGUCCGGGGAAGCCGCCACCUGAAUGGGGAGCGGCGAACAAAAAGAGGAAAAUAAAGGCAGCGCGCGGGGAGCGCCCCGGCAGACUCGGGCCCGUCACCGUAAGAAAUGGACAUGAUGACUGAGAAACAGAGAGACAGUAGGUAUUUCUGGAACAAGACUCCUGAAAAAAGUGAUUUUGAAGCUGUAGAAGCACUUAUUUCUAUGAGCUGCAAUUGGAAAUCAGACUUCAAAAAACAUGCAGAAAUGAGACCUAUAACUCCAGCAUCUGAUAUGUCAGAAGAGAGCGAUGAGACCUUGCUUCCUGGAGUAGCAGACUUCAGUGCAAUACCAGCUUUUUGCCUGACCCCCCCCUACAGCCCUUCUGACUUGGAGAUGUCGCAGGUGGUCCACCCUGGCAAGUCGCUGGCCGAGGCUGCCAGGUCUCCUGUGCCUGCUGUGCCUCAGAGAGAAGUGGAGAGGCCCCUGAAGGCUCAGGCAACGAGCGUUAUUCGCCACACGGCCGAUGCCCAGCUUUGUAAUCGCCAGACCUGCCCGGUGAGAACAGCCAGUGUGUUGAAAUACCCGGAUGGUGUUUUGAGGGAAACAAGCAGUAAGGAAAACACGGAAGCAGAGCAUUCAGAGUGUUCUGCCGCAGCGCUGAGCAGAGCCAGUGAUGAGAGCAGCGAGCUGCCAGUGGUGGAAGGGAGAAUUGCGGAAACAGCCGUCGCUCCGGUGGCCCUCACAAAGCCCUUGGUCAGCAGCAGGCAUCAGGCUGUCCCAGUGGUCCCGCCGUGUCCUGCCCAAGGCAGUGGAGCCCCCCCUGUGCCAGUGAUUUGCCAGAUGGUCCCUCUGCCUGCAAGCAACAGCGUUGUGACGGCCGUGGUGCCCAACCCUGCGCCAAGCCAGCAGCCGGCUCUGUGUCAGCCCAUGGUCUUCAUGGGUACCCAAGUUCCCAAGGGUGCUGUUAUGUUUGUUGUGCCCCAGCCAGUUGUACAGAGCCCCAAGGCUCCCAUUAUUAGUCCAAAUGGCACGAGACUCUCUCCCAUUGCCCCUGCUCCUGGCUUUGUACCUUCGGCAGCAAAAGCCACUCCUCCCACUGAUUCUUCGAGAAUAAGAAGUCACAUUUGCAGCUACCCAGGAUGCGGGAAAACAUACUUCAAGAGCUCACAUUUGAAGGCCCAUGUCAGAACACACACAGGAGAAAAGCCGUUUAGCUGCAGCUGGAAGGGCUGUGAGAGAAGGUUUGCACGGUCUGAUGAACUGUCUCGCCAUCGCAGAACGCAUACUGGGGAGAAGAAAUUUGCCUGCCCCAUGUGUGAGCGGCGGUUCAUGAGGAGCGACCACUUAACGAAGCACGCCCGGCGCCACUUGUCGGCCAAGAAGUUGCCCAACUGGCAGAUGGAAGUGAGCAAGCUGAGCGACAUCGCCGUGCCGCCCGCAGCGACCACUGCGCAUUGAGAGGGCUUGUGCUGAAGGCGGUGGAAUUAACUGUUGUCACUGGGAUGUGCCAGCUGGAAAAAGGCUUUUCCUCCCAGUCUGUGGUUCUCCCACACCUGCUGCUGAUGGCAGGGCAGCAGGGAGGCAGUGGCAGUCUGUGCUCCUCACAAAAAUGUUGCUGGGAGAACUGGUGGCUGACUGGAACAGCGGGUGUCUUUUACACUGGUAAGGAGAGAGAGGAACGGAAGGUUCUAGAGCAGAGCAUAUGUUAGUUCUAAAUCUUGCAAAUUGCUCGUAGAUACUUGAGGUCAGUCGCGUGUAAGUGUUGCUGAAGGUUUGCUGCUGGCACUUGAGACCAACUCCAGUUCUAACUUCCCGUUGUCAGUCUUCAGUGCAGCAUGGACUAGGAAGACAGCAGCAUAAGGGCGCAGGCGUGAAAGCCCAGAUUGCACCCAUGUGAGAUAAUCUGAAUCAGUUUUCCUGCUUCUGCCACCUUUUCUUGGUAGGAAUCUUUUUCUCCUACCCAUUUUCUGGCCCCAUUGUAAGCAGUGCUUUGGUGCCAAACGCAUGGAGAUUUGAGACCAGUGCUCCAGCACAAGGUGUUGGACACAGCCUGGUCUGGAAGGGCUCUGGGUGGGCACUCAGGGGCACUCCCCAGGCGAUUCUGAAUCCUUGCUAGCUUUGAUACUGUCCCAGCUUCUCUGGCAAGCUUUGUGCUCCUUCAGCUGGUUGUACCUGGGCAUGGGGCGAUGCUUCUGCUCCUGUGUUUCUGGCGGUUUCCUUCACCCCUUCUCAUAGCUGUGUUCACUGCAGGGACACAGGGCACUUUUAAGAGAAAUGUUGUAACUGAAACUGCUCGGGUUGGUUAAGGAAGAAACCAAACUCUUGGGCUUCUUUAGCAUGUUAUUCUUUGAGAGAUGGUUUGUACAAAAAAUGAAAUGGAUAUAUUAUGUAUUGUAUUAAAUUAGAAAGUUGUGAUUUGAAAGGUAAAACAAGGCAGUAAAGACACCAGCCUAGAAUUAAACUGUAGCUUUUGUGACAAAUAAUGCAUCAACUUUCACUAUCUCUAUUUUAUCAUUUUAUGUUGAGGACACCUACCAGAAAGUGGACAAGUUUGACAAUAGUGUAUUAGAUACGCUCUUUGUGACUACUUUAAAGAUUUGCACAUUUCUUAUGUUGUACUUUAUACUUUGUUUACAAUAAACCCAAUUUUCUUUAA